AUGCUCACUUUUGCAACUCAAGUUAAGCCUGUCAAUAAUAUAAAACGACAGCAUCAGCAUCAAACGAAAGCUCGUAAGCGAUCUCUUACUCGCUGUGCUGAAUGCCAGACACUAUUCCGUCCUCAACUGUGGGGACGUGAAAGUGGGAAAGGACCUGUGUGCGAUAAGUGCUCUUUCGGUAACGAGUACACAAGCAUUCUAGAAGACGAGACAAAUCAACGACCACACGGCUUGUCCUCACAAUGCAGCAGUAAUAGCAGCAAUGCAUUCAUCUUGGAUGCUUCCAAUUCCUGCAUUACAACGACAAUAAAAAACGAAAAUAUGGUGUGUGCAAAUUGUCAAGCCACGACAACACCGCUGUGGAGAAGAGAUGCAGCCGGAAAGACUAUCUGCAAUGCGUGUGGCCUGUAUUACAAGUUGCAUCAUGUUCAUCGACCUCCUACAAUGAUGCGCACGGUGAUCCGUCGUAGAAAACGCUGCUCUCCAAACUCACCUCCACCUUCGAAUACUUCCAACAAUCUUGCUGACUUAUCUGACGAUCAAGAAUUGAGAAAAAUCAAGAAAUACACAAUCCAUUCGCCGAAACAGAAACCUCAUUCUAUCCGUAAAACUACCUCGUCGCCAUUAGUCCGUUCUCCUCAAAAAGAACUCAGCCCAAUCAAUCAUCACAAUAGAACAAAUUAUAGCCCUAGCAGCAAUAGCAGUAACAGUACUGAAGCUACCAAUAGUCUACAUAAUAGCCCAGAACUUCCAUUUUUAUACCCUCCUCCUCUUCCUACUCCUUCUUCUAUGGUGGAAGAUAACAACGGAGAUCCAUUCGUUCACAAGCAUUUAUUCUCUCCAACUGAAGAGAACCGUCACUAUAUCACUUUACCUCCUCUCAAACAAACCUUACGAAAUAUCUUACCGCUAUCAUCCAUUCACAGUCAUUGUACACCAUCGUCACCACCACCACCACCACCACCACCAUUCAAAUUAGCGCAAAAGAAUGAAGAUACUUCUAUCGAAGCAUUACAGCUCCACCGCGAAUCACUCAAAAGUGAAGUAAGUCGCUUAUCUCAGCUUUUAUCAAACACAGUAGCCAGAUUAUCUGAUUUAGACACCGCAAUCGCCAGCAAGUCGACUACUCUAUGCCGUCCAGGAACAACAGAAUUACACAAUGAUCACUAUAGCAGCAGCAGCAGCAGCAGUAGUGUGUCUGAAUGCUCUUCUUCAGAAUAUGAAUAUGAUACAACACAAGAACAACAGGUGGCACGAUCCUUGUUAUCCUUAGCUACAACAGAUUCUUCUGCUUCUCGACUACCCUCCAUCAUCAUCAGAUAA